GCACCCUCACCGCCGAGGAGCCAAAGCGAAACCUGCAGGUCCCCGCCCGGCCAUCAGCUGAUGGGCCGCCCGCCGCGAAGACCGCCGCCGCCGCCGCCGCCGCCGCCGCCGCCACUGUGCGAACAUGGCGGCCGAGAUCCACUCCAGGCCGCAGAGCAGCCGCCCGGUGCUGCUGAGCAAGAUCGAGGGGCACCAGGACGCCGUCACGGCCGCGCUGCUCAUCCCCAAGGAGGACGGCGUGAUCACAGCCAGCGAGGACAGAACUAUCCGCGUAUGGCUGAAAAGAGACAGCGGUCAGUACUGGCCCAGCAUUUACCACACAAUGGCCUCUCCUUGCUCGGCCAUGGCUUACCAUCAUGACAGCAGACGGAUAUUUGUGGGCCAGGAUAACGGAGCCGUGAUGGAAUUUCACGUUUCUGAAGAUUUUAAUAAAAUGAACUUUAUCAAGACCUACCCAGCCCAUCAGAACCGGGUGACCGCGAUUAUCUUCAGCCUGGCCACAGAGUGGGUGAUCAGCACGGGCCACGACAAGUGUGUCAGCUGGAUGUGCACCCGCAGCGGGAACAUGCUCGGGAGGCACUUCUCCACCUCCUGGACUUCGUGUCUGCAAUACGACUUUGAUACUCAGUAUGCUUUUGUCGGCGACUGUUCUGGACAGAUCAGCCUGCUGAAGCUUGAACAGAGCUCCUGUUCAGUUAUUACCACCCUUAAAGGACAUGAAGGUAGUGUCGCUUGCCUCUGGUGGGACCCUAUUCAACGGUUACUCUUCUCAGGAGCCUCUGACAACAGCAUCAUCAUGUGGGACAUCGGAGGAAGGAAAGGCCGCACACUCUUGCUCCAGGGCCACCAUGACAGGGUGCAGUCGCUGUGUUACCUUCAGCUCACGAGGCAGCUGGUCUCCUGUUCCUCAGACGGCGGAAUUGCAGUGUGGAACAUGGAUGUUAGCAGAGAGGAGGCUCCUCAGUGGUUAGAAAGUGAUUCUUGUCAGAAAUGUGAGCAGCCCUUUUUCUGGAAUAUAAAGCAGAUGUGGGACACGAAGACACUGGGGUUGAGACAGCAUCACUGCAGGAAGUGUGGGCAGGCUGUCUGUGGGAAGUGCAGCACCAAGCGCUCCAGCUACCCUGUCAUGGGCUUUGAGUUCCAGGUCCGCGUCUGCGAUUCCUGCUAUGACUCCAUCAAGGACGAGGAUCGGACUUCUCUAGCAACCUUUCACGAAGGAAAACAUAACAUCUCCCACAUGUCCAUGGAUGUUGCUAGGGGCCUGAUGGUGACCUGUGGGACCGAUCGCGUGGUGAAGAUUUGGGACAUGACGCCCGUGGUGGGCUGCAGCCUGGCGACUGGGUUUUCUCCACAUUGAUCCAGGAGCCGGGCGGGGUCUGCACCUUCCCAGCAGCAGCCUUCACCAAACAGGAUGCUUCCCUGUAGCUCCACAGUCACUGUCACGUGGAUGGACAGCAGCCACUAAAAACCAAAUCAACGUUUUUAAAAAGAAAAAAAAAAUGUAAAGGUGUGUUUUGGGGCCUUUGUGGAACUACCCGUGGGAUGUAGCGGGUCCCCAAGGAAUGGAGUUACUCCAGCGAGACGUCCUCGGGCGUGGUGAGCUGACGUGUGCUGAGGCAGUAAUUUAGCACGCGAGAGUUUCGGAGGAAAAAUACUGAAUGGAAGAGUUAAAGCCUAGAACUUUCUUCAGGCAGUUCCAACUACAAACACACUUCCCCCCAGACCUGCUGGGCCCGCAGGGGCUCCCAUGCUUCUCUGCAGGCAGAGCAGGGGUCAGGGGAGGAGGGCUUGUUCUCUCCCUUGGGGGCUGCAGUGGGACUUAGGAGCCCAGAGAUUCUCCUCAUCUGCUGGCAGUCUGUGAAUAUUCUCUACGCCUCGUCACUGAGAAACCUCUUAACAAUAUCUGUCCUCUCCAGGUAGUGCCAUGUCUGCUCUUAGUGUGUGGCCCACUUCAGUUGUUUCUCGUCCCAGCCAGCAUGCCGUGGGCGAACUCUCAGAUUGUCACUAAGUGAGCUGUACAGUUUCUAUACUAACCAAGGCAGUCCGCACUCUUCCCUUUCCCCCAAAUGUGCUCUGAGGACGAGACGUUUCUAUGGUGCUGUUAACACGGGACUCACACAAGCCGCCUGACUUUUUCUGAUUGCAGUCAGUGAUGACUAAUGGAAAACCCAGCUACCAGCAUGACUGUGAUGGGAUGUGAUCAGCCCAUUCCAUGGAACAGCCCAGUCCUCCUAAAAGACACAAUCUAUUUGCAGUUCCAAGAUGAGCCCCUGUGAUACUGUGGCAAUUUAACAGACACCUCAGAAAAGGACUCCAAAGCUUUUUAAACUAGGUUGACUUUUAGUUAUAACUUAUUUCAUAGAAGGAAAUCGGUAAUCCAGAGCAGUAACUGUUAACCAGGUCCUGCACAGUAAUCCCUAACUUGUAAAUUACUUUCAUAACAAUUAGCAAAAUCUGUUGUAUCAAACGGCAUUUUAAAAGUUUUUGGCGACUUAGUACCAGGAUGGGGCAGAGGUAGGGAAUGGGGAGCCUGUCUCUUAAUAUUCAAAUAUCUAUUUGUUUUUAACAGCAAAACAUGUAUCUGUUACUUUAGGGCUAUGGAAGUGAGUGGAGAGAAGUCAACUUUUUUUAAGGACAGAUUUUAAAAUAGAUAGCAAAAGUAUUUUUGUUAGUCUUACUAAUGGAUAUUGAAAAAAACUACUGCAUCGCUUUUGGGGGAUCAUAUCAAGACAACAUCGUUGUGUACGAUAUAACUAAGGGACUAAAUAUUUUAAAAUAACAGCUGUUAAUUAAAAUGGUUUUUUUAACAUCUUUAUUGGAGUAUAAUUGCUUUACAAUGGUGUGUUAGUUUCUGCUGUAUAAUAAAGUGAAUCAGCUGUACAUAUACAUGUGUCCCCUCCCUCUUGAGCCUCCCUCCCACCCUCCUUAUCCCACCCCUCUAGGUGGUCACAAAGCACCGAGCUGAUCUCCCUGUGCUAUGAGGCUGCUUCCCACUAGCUAUCUGUUUUACAUUUGAUAGUGUAUAUAUGUCAGUGCGACUCUCUCACUUUGUCCCAGCUUACCCUUCCCCCUCCCCGUGUCCUCAAGUCCAUUCUCUACGUCUGCGUCUUUAUUCCUGUCCUGCCUCUAGGUUCAUCAGAACCAUUUUUUUUUUUUUUAGAUUCCUCCAUAUAUAUGUGUUAGCAUACGGUAUUUGUGUUUCUCUUUCUGACUUACUUCACUCUGUAUGAGUUUUUUUUAAUAAUAGUUUAAGACAGGCAGUUAAACUAAGAUGUCUUAAUGGCCAAGUGGCACAAAUAAGGAGAGGGGGUCAGGCUCAUCAUGUUCUAGAAUGAUCUGCAGUAGAAGUCGACUUUGUUGCUCCUUGUAAUCUUUGUGUUAUAUCACCUGAAAAAGAUGUUUUCUUUAAAACUUUUUACUAGGCCCUUUGCCUAAUGUCUGUUACUAACAUAAUCCAGAAGAAAGUUUGAGUGAUGGUAACUUGAAUGGCAGUGUUGAAUGUUAGCUUGGUUUAGUCAAUGGUUCAGCUCAUUCAAAGGUGCCAUCCUGGGGAUUUUAUGAAGUCCUGCAAGGAAAAUAGAAUAUGAUCGAUCCCUUGCCAUGUUGAAGGGUGCCGAACUGCGGUUUUGCUUUCCUUUAACCUCUGUAAAAUGUGAUUUUAUGAUGCCUGUGGUAGACUGAGCAGAGUUUCGCAGCUGCUGAGAAUAUGCCUUAGCUUUGAGACUUUUUUUAUUUUAAAAAAUCCUUAAUGAAAGACUCAGUGUUUCAUAGAGAAUAUAAGGCUGAUAUAGCGCUUCCUAAGGGGUUAACCUAAGUCAAGGAGGAAAGGUCUGUGUGAGGAAGAAUUGGAGCAGGGUAUCCAGAAAGGGAAAGGAGAAUGUUUCAAUGUAUUUUUUCUCCACCAGAGCUUAUUACGAGUUUUUUUUUUUGAAAUGCACAUGGCAGGCUUGCCUUGUCUCUAUCACACACUAGGUAACAAAUGGGGUAAUAUUUUUUAUAAAGGUGGGUGACAAUUAUUUUCACAAUUUUAGCGACUGGGCACAUAGAGAACAGCGAGACUUCUAGUUAUUGCCUUAUUUUGACUGCGUUACUCUUUAAACGGGUCACUUAACAUAGUUCUUUGAGUAAGGGUUUACCGGCUUUUCCAUUCCUGAACACUCACGCUGAGUUGCAAUUAGGGAUCACAAAGUACAGAACAUUAGAAAAUAUCCUUCUGUUUAGAUCUAGUAUGUUUGUGAUCAGGACUUGCCAAUUCUUCAUUCUAAACAUGUUCUAAAAUUGCUCUCUAUUAGUGCAGGUGAUAGGAAUGUACCCUUAUAGCAUGAGAUGGAAACAGAUUAUUCAUUACAUUGUAAAUCUCUGUUUACUAUGCCCUAGUUCUAUCCUGCUGCCUAGAGGAUAUAAACAAAACAUAUUGCUCUAGAAGAUGGUGUCACUUUGUUCUCCCCCUGAAGCAUUCAGUUUGUUAAUACCUACAUUUUUAAACUGUUGAAAUAGGCCUAAGUAUGGAAUAAAUACCAUAGUGGCUCAGACCCAAGGAGAUAUUUUCUAAAAUCAGUUUUCUUUUUUUUUUUUUUUUUUUGCGGUACGCGGGCCUCGCACUGUGUGGCCUCUCCCGUUGCGGAGCACAGGCUCUGGACGCGCAGGCUCAGCGGCCAUGGCUCACGGGCCCAGCCGCUCCGCGGCAUGUGGGAUCUUCCCAGACCGGGGCACGAACCCGUGUCCCCUGCAUCGGCAGGCGGACUCUCAACCACUGCGCCACCAGGGAAGCCCUAAAAUCAGUUUUCAUUACAUUGCGUCCUACUUCCGUUACUGGACCUGGUAUCUCCUUAAAUGUAAGAAACCCGUUACUAUUCAUGAUAAACCAUCUCCUCAUUAUAAAUGUGAAGUUUAACAAGUAAUACAUGCUAUAUUUAUUCAAGUGUCUAUUGCUUAAUUGUUAAUUGUGAGCAGAUUAUUGAAUGCCUACUCUAUUUUCUGCUAUUUACUAUACAGUAACUCUUUGAGUAAGCUGAAGUUUAAUUGUGCAACAAAUUUAUAUUAGAAUACAAUUUAAAGUGUUUCUCUCUAGAGGCUUUUUUGACUGGGGAAGCAAAGGGCAAUGUUGAUUAGUACAUUUUGUCUUGUACUAGCUAUGUUUCUAUAAGAUAGGGUGCCCUGCGUGUCCCAGACAGCUAGAAAACUUUGUUCUUUGCUUCUAUUUGCGGCUUCUGUUUUUGUGGUUUUUUUGAGAAUGUGCGUACAAUAAAGUGUUCCUUGCUUGUUA